ACCCAUAAUUCCUUUCGAACGUGUGACCUGUCUGUGGCCUUGGCGUGUCUCGCGCUGCUGCUAGUUGUCAGUGCGUGCUGGCGGUCGGACUAAAUUAACGAUAACUAGCUUAGAGUUCCCGUCCGACCAGUCGGCUAGUCAAACUGGGACCAGUUCCCGCGGAGCAGAGCCACGAUGCUGAAAUGUAGAACAGUGUGGAAGAAGCUUGCACCUCUUGCUAGAACCUCCUCAACUGUGUGCCGGCAGAACGUGAGAAGAACAGUAUUAAACAAUGGCAGAACAUCAACACUUGUACCUGCGGCUCCCAUGUCCAGCGGGCCUGCAGGAGGUGGGAAGGAGAACCAGGUGUAUGUCCUCCUGGUGGGAGCAGCCUGCUUAGCUGGUGGAGUAUAUGCAUACCGAACUGUAAAGGGAGACAAAGUAAGAUAUCAGGAACGUUUAGAUGAAAUUGCAUCCAGACCUCAUAAACAAGCCGCACAAGAAGCAGAAACACCUGCCACACCUGAGCCGUCUGAGCCUCCAGUUGUGGAAGCCACCGAGACAGAGGCUGUCCCAGAGCCAGAACCAGAGGCAGCUCCGUCACCAGAACCUGAAGCAGCAGCAGAACCAGAACCUGAAGCAGCACCGUCACCAGCAGAGCCGAGCCCUCCGCCCCCUGAUGAAGUCACCGCCACCACAGAAACCACUGAACCGCCCCCAGCAGAUGAGCCAGUGGUAGAAGCUCCCCCAGAAGAGGCAGCAGAGCUACCUGCUGUAGCUGUUCUAGAGGAGGAACCAGCAGCCCCCUCUGAGCCGGCCCCAGCUGAGCUCACAGAGCCCCCUUCCCCUGUUGAGGAGAGUGAACCUCCAGCAGCAGCAGCAGCAGAAAGCCCUGCAGCAGAACCAACCCAGCCUCAGCCCCAAGCUGGGACAGAGAGUGCAGAUGAGCCAGUGGUAGAAGCUCCCCCAGAAGAGGCAGCAGAGCUACCUGCUGUAGCUGUUCUAGAGGAGGAACCAGCAGCCCCCUCUGAGCCGGCCCCAGCUGAGCUCACAGAGCCCCCUGCCCCUGUAGAGGAGAGUGAACCUCCAGCAGCAGCAGCAGCAGAAAGCCCUGCAGCAGAACCAACCCAGCCUCAGCCCCAAGCUGGGACAGAGAGUGGAGACGUUGCCCCCGCCUCUCUCCUGGCCCCGCCCCACGCCCCCUACCUCCUGAUUGGUGGAGGCACCGCCUCUUUUGCUGCUGCCCGCUCUAUUCGAGCCAGAGACCCCGGAGCCAGGGUAUUGAUUGUGACUGAUGAGCCAGACCCUCCAUACAUGAGACCUCCUCUUUCUAAGGAGCUGUGGUUCUCCGAUGACCCCAGUGUGACGGAAACGCUGCGUUUCAAACAGUGGAAUGGAAAGGAAAGGAGUAUCUACUUCCAGCCACCAUCAUUCUACAUCAAAGCAGAAGAGCUGGCGAGUGCAGACAAUGGUGGAGUGGCUGUUCUAACUGGCAAAAAGGUGGUGCACAUGGACGUGAGAGGCAACAAAGUGAAACUGGACGAUGAUACUGAGAUUUCAUACGACAAGUGUUUGAUUGCGACAGGUGGCGUGCCAAGAAAUCUGCAGGUGAUUGAAAGAGCCGGAGAGGAGGUGAUGGCCAAGACCACGCUGUUCCGCAAGAUCGAGGACUUCAAAUCUUUGGAUAAGGUGUCAAGAAACAUCAGCUCUAUCGCAAUCGUUGGUGGCGGCUUCCUGGGCAGCGAGCUGGCCUGCGCCCUCGGCAGGAGAUCAACUGAGAGCGGCCUGGAGGUCAUCCAGAUGUUCCCUGAAAAGGGCAACAUGGGAAAAGUGUUGCCUGAGUAUCUGAGCAACUGGACAACAAACAAAGUCAAAAGCGAGGGUGUGAAAAUCAUCUCUGAAGCUUUGGUGAAAUCUGUGGUCUGCAAAGAUGACAAGUUAGAAAUCCAGCUGAAGGACGGCAGACUGGUGAAAACUGACCACAUUGUUGCAGCUGUUGGUCUGGAGCCCAACGUGGACCUCGCUAAGUCAGCAGGUCUGGAGGUGGACUCUGACUUCGGGGGCUUUCGGGUCAAUGCAGAGCUGCAAGCUAGAUCCAAUAUCUGGGUGGCUGGAGACGCUGCAUGUUUCUACGACAUCAGACUGGGCCGCAGACGGGUGGAGCAUCACGACCACGCCGUAGUCAGUGGAAGACUAGCAGGAGAGAACAUGACGGGAGCCAACAAGCCCUACUGGCACCAGUCCAUGUUCUGGAGUGACCUGGGUCCUGAUGUUGGCUACGAGGCCAUCGGGAUCGUUGACAGCAGCCUGCCGACAGUCGGCGUGUUCGCCAAAGCCACCGCCAAGGACACGCCCAAAGCUGCUACAGAAGAGUCAGGAACUGGGAUCCGCUCAGAAAGUGAAACGGAGGCCACGGCUGCCAGCCCCGUGGCCUCCUCAACGCCUGCUCCUUCUCUGCAGCAGCAGGACGAGUACGGGAAAGGAGUCAUCUUCUACCUGAGGGAUAAAGUGGUGGUGGGCAUCAUCCUGUGGAACGUCUUCAACAGGAUGCCCAUCGCAAGGAAGAUUAUCAAGGAUGGAGAAGAACACGCAGAUCUGAAUGAAGUGGCCAAACUGUUCAACAUCCACGAUGAUUAAGGAGGAGGAGAAGGAGGAGGAGGAGGAGGAGGAGAAGAGGAGGAGGCUGGCACUCGUUGGAGGAGGAACGCUUCACGUGAAGACUGAACUUUGGCAGCCAUUGCCACUUCAAACCACAACUGAUCAUACUUAAAAAAACAAGAGGAAUCCUGUAAAUCAUGUGAUGUCACAGAUUUGUAUUUGCUGCAACGGUUUUGUUUUCUUUGUUUGUUUUUUUUUUCUAUCCAGGAACAUCUUCCAAUUUCCCACCAAAGUUUUUUUUUCUCAUGUUUUUGAAAAAUCACAGUCCAAGAUCUAAUCGUCCUUCUGCUUUUCCUCCAUCCGGCUGAAAAUGCUGAGCAUGGAUCGUUUUCCUCUGUGUGAUCAGAGCGGCUUGGCUGCAAUAAAAGCUAUUUUUAAAUUGGA